AUGCGCAAACCCGGAAUCGAACCGGGGGCCCAACGAUGGCAACGUUGGAUUUUACCACUAAACCAUUUGCGCGUUUUUCUUGUGUUUCUUGAUAUUUUAUCUCACAACAUGAAAUGUAUACGGGCUCCAAUUUUUAACUAUUAA